AUGACCAAGACCGAGUUCGUGCCUACACCUCUUUUUGGUUCGGCCAUCGUCGCUGACCUGCCCGAGAACUUUGCCGAUGUUAGUAAACUGCGCCAGGUCCCCGACAACCAAGAGGUCUAUAUCGACAAGGAUGGCUUUACGAGUAUCAUCUUCGAAAUAUGCGAACGCGUGGGCCCCAGCGGCACCACGGCCGAGAUCGACGGCAAAGCACUCUCCACACACCUCGAGGAGCUUAUUGGCGAUGAUGCCGACUCGCUAACUCUGCUCCGUAGCGAGAGCAUCCCAGCAUACUCCUUGAUUGCGACUCAGACGCCUCGCCCUGAUCCCAAGGCCGCAGCUAGCAGCGCGCCGGAUUUCACGGCGAUUAUUUUGACGCUUCUCCGUCUCGAAAAGGAAUCUACCGACAUUCUGAUUACGAUCAACGUACCGCACAUCAAGGGCGAGUACGACGAGGAAGACGUUGACCUACAACUAGGCAAACAAGGUCAGCUUAUUGGUGAUGCUGUGGAAUACGCGUCGCGCAUAUGGGCGACGUUUCAAGUCAAAGACUGGAAUCUCUUCAACGAGGUGUGA